UCAUUUAAACUAUCGCAGAUUCUGUCAAAAAGUUAGCAAACAAAUUUUAAAGAACCCGAGGAUGGACGGAGCAUCGAAGUUUCUAAAAGGAGUCUUAGGCGAUAUAAGCAGCCGUUCAGCCUACUCACAAAUGCUGAUUGGCGUUACUUCAGGAUGGGCGACUGGAUACACAACCAUGAAGUUUGGAAAGUUUGCGGCUUUUGCAAUUGGUGGCAGUAUUAUAUUAAUUGAAAUAGCUCACCAGGAAGGAUUCAUCAAAAUUGACUGGCCGAAGUUAACUAGAGGUGUUGACAAGAUUGCUGAAAAGAUGGAGUCUUCCAUAUCUGGCCAAGAUCCAAGCUGGAUUGAUAAGACGGAGAGAUUUGUGGACCGUAAACUGGACAAAGCCGAAAAUCAAUUAAGGGGAAAAGCUUUGAAAGUGAAGAAAUGGUACGCUAAAUACAUUGGCGAUGAGGAUGGCCCAAAAAUAAAUGAUCUGCACAUUUUCUUAACCGCAUUCGUUGGAGGAAUUGCAUUAGGCGUAGCUUCUGGCUAAUUAAAUAAUUUAUUAAUGUAUUUGUAUUUAAGCAAAGACAAAACUCAUACUCUAUUCGAAACGAAAAUAAAACUUAUUAGAAUU